AUGGAGGGGGUGGUGACCUCCAACAUGUCAAUGUCGUUCAAACCGUCACCAAUGGAACCACAGUCGCUGGGCUCAGCACCGUACCUUGGAGGCGUUGAUGUCAGAAACCUGAGUGAAUCCGUGGGGGAGGGGAAGCAGGCUGUAGUUGCUGCUGGGGUCGUAGGUGUCGCAAACGCUGCUAACGUCAGAGCCGUCCUCACCGGUCUCAGCGUUCUGGCUGAAGAUGGAGUUGAAGACCUCGUUGACGUUGUUGACAAUGACGUUGUAGACACGGCGCUUCUUGAGCUCCUCAACGCUGACGAUGGGGAUGCGGUCAGUGGACAGGUAGGCCUUGAAGACAGCCUGGGCCUUCUCGCUGAACUUGCAGACAGUCAAGACCUCUUCGGCAGUGCAGAAGACGGGCAUGAACUUGUUGCACUCGUCCUUGGUGGCCAUGGCGACCUGCUCAAGGAACUCGGGGGUCAAUGGGCGCUCAUCGAUGAUGCGGCCCUGGUCGUCGUAGACGAGGGCACCGUCCAUGUAGACACCGGGGUUACCGUUGUAGCCCAUGGCGCGGUAGGCAUCGGCACCGAACAAGUUGCGGGCAGAGCCGGGACUGCGGCCAGUGGAGAAGAAGAGGGUGUGGCCGGCGUUCAAAGCCAUGCGGAAAGCAGCAAUGUUCUUCUUCAUGGCAUCCUUCUGAGGGGUGGCGAAGGUACCGUCGACGUCGACAGCGAAGAAGUUGGGCUGCCUGGUAAGGGCAGGGUGCCUCCUGAGGGAAGUGGCCUCCUUAGCGCUGACACCGCAGAAAGCGGCGGCACCGAAGAGGGCGGUGAAAACAGCAACGACACCGUUCAUCUUGAUGACUGUACUCGGAUGAUGCAGUACCUUUGA